AUGUUGCUGCCUGAAAGAUACGGCAUCCGAUUGGUGGAUUUAGCGUACCCAGUAAGCGUGUGUGCUUUCCCACAAAUAUAUAAGAUCAUAAGCGGCAGGCAGCAGCACUUUUGCAAUACAACUUCUCCCCUUCCCCUUUCAGCGAACUCGAAAAUGCGACGCAGACUCUACGGAGAAGCACCUUGGGAUACUGGAAAUAACUGUGCCACGAGCCGUGAGGACUGCUGGAUGUUCUUCGUGCCAGAAAAGAAACAGCGGAUGAGAAUGCCGGUUCUUGAUCUGGACGGCGACAUGGAACCCUCAGACUUCUGCACAUAUCAUCUGAGUUUCGACGCUUUCAAGUUGCUGUGUAACUCAAUGGAAGAGGUCAAGAUUGGCUCGGAUGAGGGGUUACUUUUGCUAUCGGCCCACUCAACGUUGAAGCCUUUGCAAGGUCAAAACCGCCUAGAGAUGCUUCCUGCCGAGCUUCUGGAAGCAAUAUUUGGAUUCCUCGAGGCAGAAGAAUUCAUGGCUUUGGCCUUGUGCUCGCAAACGCUCUGGUUUCAUGCCAUCGGGUGGAUAAAGGGUAGUUAUACUCGGUGGAAGAACGAAUAUUCCUGGGUCAACACUCCAAUAAUUUGCACUACCAGGAGACUUCGCAUUCUUCCCAAAGCGUUGCAACACAUAUUGCCAGAAUCGACACCUGAUGAUAUGGAGAGAGAAUCUAAGCAGAUUGGCUAUCGAUAUAAGAUAGCUACCACUCGUGCAUCGAUUUGGUUCGACAAAUCUGUGGACAAUUACGACAAAGUACCAUUCCCCUACGACUGUACAUACGAAGAGGCUUUCCUCAAACAACUCGAAAGGACAGAUAUCCCCGAAAGCCUCUACUUGAUCAUGAAGGCUUGUUUUCCAAGUAUAAGACUUGAACCUGGAAGCAGUUGGCUUUUGCGCAACCUGACAGAUCAAGAGUACAUCAGAAUGGAAGCUGUAGUCACCUCUGAUGGCGAGCCCACUAUUUCGCUUCCAGGUUGUCAGUGGCUCACACUUGAUAUUCUCCUUUUAUGGCUCAUUAGUUGGAGAGUAGACUAUACAAAUAACAGAAACAAGGCUUGGUCUUGGGAACAACUUGAAGCCUUCGAAGGUUUUACUGAUCAAGAUCUCUCAGAUGUAAGCCUAGGACCACCCUACGGGCCAAUGUGUUCCGACUUCUGGCCAAUAUGGGCUGGCCCUUGGGCUGGUCACAGACUAGACGUUGUUGCCGAAACGGGGUUAGAUAAUGACUGGAAGGAUCGGACUGAGAACAUCACGAGAUUAGCUCCCAAAAUGCUGCGUGUAUUCUACGGAAGGUCUCUUGAGAUUCAGAAAGAAAACAGAGACUACUGGGAAGAGGCCUUUCGGAAAGGUGGUGAUCAUUGGGAGUUCAGACAGUCGUCUCCAGUUCCAUGGGAGUUUCCUGAGCUUGCUGGGGACAAACCAAAACAGAGAUUGUCCCGCAUCAGAUGA